AUGUAUUUGUCAUACUAUUUCGUAUUGCUUGUUUUACCGUUGCACGUCGCCCAAAUAACGGUGUCAAAUGAAGGCGAUGAGGCAAUACAAGCAGCAGUGAGAAAUGACGACGAAAUAAGGACUGUGGCUGAUGACGGGAAAGCAAAUGAAAAACUGAACAAAUGCGAAGUAUGUGAUAAGCAAUUCGGAUGUUCACGCACUCUGAAACGCCAUAAGAUGAUACAUACCGGUGAAAAAAAUUACAUAUGUAAGGUAUGUAAUAAAGCGUUCCAAAGGUCGGACAAUCUAAAGAGUCACCGAUUGAUGCAUGGAAACGAACGACCAUUCAAAUGUUAUGAGUGCAGUAAAACAUUCAAACGGUCCCGCGAACUGAAAAUGCACCAAGUGACGCACGGAAACGAACGACCAUUCGAAUGCUACGUGUGCAAUAAAACAUUCAAACGGUCCGGCGAACUGAAGAUGCACCAAGUGAGGCAUGGAAACGAACGACCAUUCAUAUGUCACAUUUGCAAUGAAACAUACAAACGAUCUGGCGAUUUGAAGAAACAUCAAGUGAUGCACGCGAACAAACGACCAUUCAAAUGUUGCGUGUGCAAUGAAACAUUCAAGCGGUCCAGUGGGUUGAAGACACACCAAGUGGUCCACGGAAGCGAACGACUAUUCAAAUGUUAUGCGUGCAGCAAAACAUUCAAAGUAUUCUGGAAUCUGAAGAAGCACAUAUUGACGCAUGGAAACGUGCGGCCAUUCAAAUGUGAAGUAUGUGAUAGGAAAUUCACUCAGAAAUAUAAUUUGAAUAGACAUAUGAAAGUGCAUAAAAGUUCGGAUGAAAAGCUAUAUUCUACUGUAAGCUCGUUGAUGAUAUCGAUAGCAGAUCAUUGA